AUGGUCGAGCAACGUCCCGUACAGACAAGCGCCGUGUAUCUACUCGGGACCACGCAAUUUCCCGCCGUCCCGCCGCCGUCGCCCCCCUCCCCCGUAACUCCGGUAGCGCCGGACCUCUGCAUCCCGAUCGAGGAGCUCGAUCUCGGCGAUGGAAGCGACGUCCCCGGCCCCGCGAGCAUCGCCGAGGACCGCCUCGCGGGCGCGGUCCACGUGCUCAACACCGAGGCCACGACGCUGCAGUGCCUAACGCGGCUGUACUCGACGGACGCCGUGGCGCGCGACGGUUUCAGCCGGGCGGUGGCGGCGGUGACGCGGCACCGGGGGUGCGGCGGUGGCCAGGGCGGCAAGCUGGUGAUCGCCGGGGUGGGCAAGUCCGGGCACAUUGGGCGCAAGCUGGUGGCGACGUUCAACAGCCUGGGCGUGCACGCGGCCUUCCUGCACCCUACCGAGGCCCUGCACGGCGACCUCGGCCAGAUCGGCCGCCACGACACCCUCCUGCUCAUCACCUUCUCCGGCAGGACCCCGGAGCUGCUCGCCCUGCUGCCCCACCUGGACCCGUCCCUCCCGCUCAUCCUGCUGACCGCCCACACCCGCCCGGACACGUGCGAGCUGCUGCAGCUAGCCGCCCGCCGCCGCAACAGCCAGAGUAGUCGCAACCGCAACCGCAACCACAACCACGGCGCCGACCACCACCACGGCGUCAUCCUGCUCCCGGCGCCGAUCCACGAGCCUGAGUCAGUCUCCUUCGGCGUCUCGGCCCCGACCUCCUCCACCACCGCCGCCCUCGCCGUCGGCGACGCCCUCGCCAUCGUCGCCGCCCGCGAGCUGCAUGGCCAGACGACGACGACGACCACCACCGCCACCACGCGGUCCGGGGGAGGGGGGACCUCGGCAGCGGCGGGCGUUGCAGCCGUCUUCGCAACGAACCACCCCGGCGGCGCCAUCGGUGCCGCCGCCGCCGCAGCGGCGAUGGUGGCUGGGCGGGAAUCACCUGCCUCGCCUUCCUCGUCGUCCCCGUCGUCGCCCUCCUCGUCGCCUUCGGCAUCGCCCUCACGUGGCAGCAGGAGAAGCAGGUACACCAACAAGACCAACCCCGCCACCCUCUCGGUGCGCCACCUCGCCGUCCCCUGGUCCGACAUCCCCGCCGUCGUGCCCUCGGGCCCCCGCGGCGCCGCACCCACGGGCGCCGACGUGCUGCGCGCGGGCUACGCCUCGCCGAGCGGGUGGGUGCGUCUGCAGCAGCAGCAGCAGGCGCGGUCGUCGUCGGGAGACGUCGUCGACGACGACGUGGUGGUGCUGUCGCCGAGCCGGAUCCGCGGGCUGGGCGCGCCGGACAUGGGGAGGCCCGUCGAGGAGCUGCUGGGGCUCGCGGUCGGGAGGGGGGAUUUCGUCUCCGUCGCGGCGGACACGACGGUGCGGAGGGCGGCGGAGUGGAUUGGCGGGGUUGGAUUGUUGGAGGGGGAUGGGGAUGGGGAGGGGGAGGGCGGGAAGCGGGGCUGCGCCCGGGACGCGGUUGUUGGGGUCGUGGAGGGGGGGGAGUGCGUUGGUGUUUUGGAGGUGGGGACCCUGAUUGGGAAUAGGGGAGGAUAAUAAGCCACCCCCAAGGGGGGAAAAGGGGUGUGGAUGGCAUUUUUUUCUGUUCUUUCCCCCCUCGGCAUUGCAUCUCGUCUUUACCCUUUGGGCGAGGCUUGUUUGAGACGGGUUAUAGAUUCAAGGCGUUUGAUUUCAGGGGUUGCUCGACCUGCCGAUGGUCGGGGACUCAUCUUACAUAUAUGCAUCACGACUUUUUAUGAGCUCCAGCACAAAGGAAAGGCGGCAGCGGUUAUGCCCCUGUCAUAUUUGCACAAGUUAUAGACCGAGACCGCCUACCCACGAUUCAAUACCGAAGAGGGAUUCUCGUUGUAAGCCGUCAUCAUGUGUUAUAUGGUAUCUAGAUGUUGCACACCUGUCUAUUUUCCCAGCCACACACCC